AUGAGGACGGUGGUUUACCUCAGCAACUCCGACUCGACAGAAACACACAGGAUGAAUCCAUUCAAAAAGGCGUCGGGAUCCUCCGGUGGCUCUUUCUUGAAUUUCGUCUGUGGUCUGUGUUUUCUCUCGGUCUUCGGUAACCUACAGCAUCACUUCCCUCAGCGCAUCCAUACAUGGAGAAUCCGCCGGGGAAACGGGGAGAGGGGAGUCUGCCUCAGCCUCAGCAGCAGCAGCGGUGCGUCAGACACAGAGACGAGAUUUGCUCUGGGUUUUAGAUAUCACCACACUGGUCCUGUUUCUGGAUUCUUUGCACUGAGAGAGAGUCUGGCAAUUCUUGCUGAAAGGGGGUUGGAAGAGUCCUGGAGGAAACACAAAGAGGUUGCAGCCUACUUAUACAAAGGACUAGAAGACCUAGGUCUCAAGCUUUUCAUCCCUGACAAAGAGUUGAGGCUUCCUUCUGUUACCACCAUAUCCAUCCCCGAAGGCUAUGAGUGGAGAGAGAUGCUCACCUACAUUAUGAAGAAUCACCAGAUGGAGAUGACAGGAGGACUGGGUCCAUCCGUCGGCAUGGUGAUUAGAAUCGGCUUGAUGGGAUACAACUGCGAGAAGACCAAUGCUGACAAGGCAUUGCAUGCCCUGGCAGAUGCUCUGAAGAACUGCAAAAAGAGCAAGGCUUAAGRACUCAUAUUCUCACAGCACCAACUCUGCACACAUUCAUAAGAUAUAUCCAACAUGGUUGGAACAUUGAAUAAAGUGCAGAAAUCUCUUAGUGCUACCUACUCUAAGGAUUUUUCAGCAUAGCCCUUGUAUAUGUUUGCUAUUAUUAAGAUAAAGUUGCAGAAGCUGCCAUGCUGAGUGUACUGAUGAUGUUAAUAAAGUCUGUUUUCUGAAAUACUGAAA